AAGCGAAUAAUCCACUGCAGAGCAGCUCAUUUAGUGUGUGAUCGUCAAGGAGUACAGUCUCGGUGUUUUAUUGUUCCCAAUAUUUCUGUGCUUAGUAAAGGAGUGCAGCAGCAGCAAAGUGAGGACACAAUUUCCUGUGUUUUAAUUGUUAAGAUCCAGAGCAGCUGAGGACAAGUUUUUCUCGUUCAGUGGGAAAAACAUCUAAGUUUUAGUUUAACAAAACGCAAAUUAGGGGCCUCUCCGCUCUUUGUUAAAACUUUGUUAAGAACAAACAAAAACCAGUCACCAUGAGAGAAAUCGUUCACAUCCAAGCCGGACAGUGCGGAAACCAAAUUGGAGCUAAGUUUUGGGAAAUCAUCUCCGAUGAGCAUGGAAUCGAUGCCACUGGAGCGUACCACGGUGACUCAGAUCUGCAGCUGGAGCGCAUCAACGUGUACUACAACGAAGCGUCCGGCGGCAAAUAUGUGCCACGUGCCGUGCUAGUCGAUCUGGAACCGGGCACCAUGGACUCCGUCCGCUCGGGACCAUUCGGACAAAUUUUCCGCCCCGAUAACUUCGUCUUCGGACAGUCCGGUGCCGGUAACAACUGGGCCAAGGGACACUACACCGAGGGUGCUGAACUGGUCGACUCCGUGCUGGAUGUCGUCCGCAAGGAGGCCGAAUCCUGCGAUUGCCUGCAAGGUUUCCAGCUGACCCACUCGCUCGGUGGUGGCACUGGAUCCGGUAUGGGCACACUGCUGAUCUCGAAAAUCCGUGAGGAAUACCCAGACAGAAUCAUGAACACAUACUCCGUUGUCCCCUCGCCAAAAGUAUCAGACACCGUUGUGGAACCCUACAAUGCCACCCUGUCCGUUCACCAGCUGGUCGAAAACACCGACGAGACGUACUGUAUCGACAAUGAAGCCCUGUACGACAUCUGCUUCCGCACCCUAAAACUCACAACCCCAACAUACGGUGAUCUGAACCAUCUCGUGUCGCUCACCAUGUCUGGAGUCACAACCUGCCUGCGUUUCCCCGGUCAAUUGAACGCCGAUCUGCGAAAACUGGCCGUCAACAUGGUACCAUUCCCGCGUCUGCAUUUCUUCAUGCCUGGCUUCGCUCCAUUGACCUCCCGCGGAUCCCAGCAGUAUCGUGCGCUGACCGUUCCAGAACUGACCCAGCAGAUGUUUGACGCCAAGAACAUGAUGGCCGCCUGUGACCCACGACAUGGACGCUACCUGACAGUCGCCGCCGUUUUCCGAGGCCGCAUGUCGAUGAAGGAAGUCGACGAACAGAUGCUGAACAUCCAGAACAAGAACAGCAGCUACUUCGUGGAAUGGAUCCCCAACAACGUCAAGACUGCCGUCUGUGAUAUCCCACCACGAGGACUGAAGAUGUCUGCGACCUUCAUCGGUAACUCGACCGCCAUCCAGGAGCUGUUCAAGCGCAUCUCCGAACAGUUCACCGCUAUGUUCCGUCGUAAGGCUUUCUUGCAUUGGUACACUGGCGAGGGUAUGGAUGAGAUGGAAUUCACUGAAGCCGAAAGCAACAUGAACGAUCUCGUGUCCGAAUACCAGCAGUACCAGGAGGCCACCGCCGACGAGGAUGCCGAAUUCGACGAAGAGCAAGAGGCUGAGGUUGACGAAAACUAAACUAAUUGAGCUCUCGCACAUUCGAAACCCCCUUGCCCUUUCCAUGCCAACCUCUCCUCCCCAAACAAACAAGCUGAAAUGCAGCUCUCUCUUCUCUCUCUUCUCUCUCUCAUUCCAAACAUUUUCCCAAAUACUCUGCGC